UGGUGUUGGUAAUGGUCCGUCUGGUGCAGUUUGUUUGUUCGUUCGUGUAUGUGGUUAUUGAUGCUGCGGGAAUGGAAGUAGAGGACGAGGAGGAUCGAGCGCCCAGGGCUUUAGGUUGGGCCGCGGAGGUGGAUUGUUAGGGUCGCGGGUGAUCUUCGCGGGUUCAAUUUGGGAACCCGUUUGGAGAAUUGAUACUUGGGGUGCGAUUUGUGUGCGCUUUGGGGGGCCGUCGAAGGGCAGCGGAUUGCGGUCCGUGGUCCGAAGGAUUGACGAGAAGCGAUGUGAAUCUGGGCGCGGCAUCGAUCGGGUGUUUGUGUGUUGCGGUUGGGCGUGGGUGUCGCAGAACACGCAGCAGAUUGGGGAUCCGGUGACCGUUGUUGGUGGCCAUGGCGGAGCAGCGCGUGAAAUUGAGGAGCUCGGAUGACGAGAUGUUCGAGGUGGACGAGGCGGUGGCGUUCGAGUCACAGGCGGUGAAGAACAUGAUCGAGGACACGGGCAAGGACGCCGUGAUCCCGCUGCCCAACGUGUCGAGCAAGAUCCUGGCGAAGGUGAUCGAAUACUGCAAGUACCACGUGGAUAAUCAGAAGGGGGCGACGGAUGACAAGCCCGCCGCUUCGGAGGACGACAUCAAGGCGUGGGACGCGGACUUUGUGAAGGUGGACCAAGCUACGCUGUUCGACCUGAUCCUGGCAGCGAACUACUUGAACAUCAAGAACCUGCUGGACUUGACGUGCCAGACGGUGGCGGACAUGAUAAAGGGGAAGACGCCGGAGGAGAUCAGGAAAACGUUCAACAUCAAGAACGACUUCACUCCGGAGGAGGAAGAGGAAGUGAGGAGGGAGAAUCAGUGGGCGUUCGAGUAGAGUGUGCCGUGAUAAGGCGGAUAGUAGUAGCAGGCGGGUUGCAAAGCACGAUCUGGGCCUGACAGUGACAGUUGAGCAAGCGCAGUCCAGAAUGCUGGGCUGGGCGUUUGUGCACACACGAGGGACCAUGAACUGAUGGGACUAGAGGAAGUGUUGUAUGAAUGAGGGAGGCUAGAAGAAACUGUUUGAUAUUGCCUAUCUUCCAGCAUUACCGGCAGAGUGGUGCGGACAUUAUGGUAUGUUAAGAUGUUUUGGCGAUGAAGAGUUGAGUCAUCGUGAGUAAGCAAAGAGUGCGCAUCCAAGUGUGUCGGGGUGGCCUACGGGCUGGGAUGCAUGAAUGCAUAGUACCCAUUUCUUU